AUGGCUUCAGAAACACCAUCGCCUGCGAAACAGUGUCCUUCGCAAGUGAAUUUCACAAUCGGCUGGAUAUGCGUGCUCCAGAAGGAGUAUCGAGCUGCCUUGGCAAUUCUAGAUGAGACUUAUGACCAUGUUGCCCUGGCCCGGGGAGAGGGCGAUCGAAACCACUAUGUCUUCGGUCGAGUUGGGGAGCACUACGUCGUCAUUAAUCUCCCUCCAUCAGGUUGGCACGGUCGGAUCCGGGCAUCGACAAUUGCAUCCGACAUGCGCAGCAGCUUUCCCAGAAUGCGAUUUGUUCUGAUUGUAGGGAUCGCCGGAGGAGCACCUUCGCCAAAGGAGGAUGUUCGUCUCGGCGACGUGGUGCUCGGGACUCAGGUUGUGCCUUGGAACACUGGCAAAUGGACGCAGCAUGGAUUCCAACGGACUGGAAUGACCAGGGCACCUCCAAGAGAGCUGCUGGAAGCAAUCACAUUCUUUGACCAGCGCCUUUGGUCCCCUGACACGCUGCUUCUGUCCAAGUCGAUCGACGAUAUCGCGUCAAAGGCCCCGACUGGAGCCGGGUUUGCUCGACCCACCAAAGACCGUCUUUAUAAACCGGGCUUCGCCCAUACAGAGUCAAUAUGUGACUGCCUGCAGGCUGAGUCGGGGCUGCCAGGGCAGCUUUGUUGGCGCGACAGGCGCGAUGGAGAGCCAGUCAGGGUAUUCCAGGGGGCUAUUGGGUCGGACGACGUGGUGAUGAAGAAUUCACAAACGCGCGAUGCGAUCGCCCAACGGGAGAACGUGCUUUGCUUUGAAAUGGAAGCUGACGGUGUCAUGGAUAUCAUGCCCUGUCUUCCCGUCCGGGGCAUUUCAGACUACGCAGACGAGCACAAGAACGAUGACUGGCAGUUAUACGCUGCGCUGACAGCAGCCAUAUGCGGGAGGGAACUGCUGCUCUCUAUUUCUCGCGGUGUGGUCGCUCGCUUCCCUCUUACGCUGACGGGGGAUCUCGUUGAUCGGUACAUGAAGGGCGCGUUCAGCAGGCCCAAUUCCUUUCCUGGCAGUGAGACCGAGAGGCUUCGACAAAACCGCGACACCUUGAUUGAGCGUCGCGACUUUCUGCGAGAACUCGUCAUUCCAGGCAUUCGACAGAAACAGCGUACACUUCGCGACGACAGCCCGGAGCUUCGAGACGAGGUGCAGAGACUGAAGGACGCGCAGAAGAUAUUGAAAGAACACCUGCAGGAUCUCAAAGAUAUACUAAACGACCACUGCGAUCUAGACUCUAGUCCGGACCCAGCCAUUCGGGAAGAAUACCAGAGCUUGAAGACGCAGCUGCAAAGGGACCUGGAAGCAAUAGAGAGCUUCGCCAGUAUCACAGGAGGCACCCUGAAAAACACGGGCCACAUGCUGACCCAUCUAUCGAAGGUUUGCAAGAACCAAAGUAUGAAUGUCGCCGGGACGGUAUUUGUAUCGAUAAGUACUCUCCUUGGGAGAACCAUGAACCUCUGGAGGUCGAGUAGACUCCCCCCAGAGGCCAUGUGGGAAUGGGUGUCUUCCAAGACCCGGAGGAUCCGCGGUUCUGGAGAUGUCACUGAAAGCAUACACCUGGUGUAA